GCGCCAGUCCCCGCGCCGGCAUGGAGCCCCCCGCAGCCGCCGUCGCCGCCGCGUCCCGGGAAAGCGCCGAGCCGCCCGACGCCCCUCGCUGGCGCGUCUGCCUGCGGAGCCUGCGGGGCGCGCUGCCGCCCAACGCGCGGCGGGAGGCGGCCGCGCUGGCGGCGCUCGCGGGCUCCGUGUUUCUGGCCCAGUUGAUGAUCUUCCUGAUUAGCGUCGUCAGUUCCAUCUUCUGUGGGCAUCUGGGCAAAGUCGAGCUGGAUGCCGUUACGCUCGCGGUAUCGGUGGUGAACGUCAUUGGGAUUUCAGUUGGAACUGGCUUGGCCUCGGCUUGUGACACGCUGAUGUCUCAGUCCUUCGGAGGCAAGAACCUAAAACGCGUGGGGAUCAUACUCCAAAGAGGAAUCCUCAUCUUGAUGCUGUGUUGCUUUCCUUGCUGGGCCGUCUUCAUCAAUACGGAGCGUAUCCUCCUGCUCUUAAAACAAGACCCCGAAGUCUCCAGGAUAGCCCAGAUUUAUGUGAUGAUUUUCAUUCCUGCUCUUCCUGCAGCGUUCCUGUUCCAGCUGCAGACAAGAUAUUUGCAAAGUCAGGGCAUCAUCAUGCCUCAAGUGAUCACUGGGAUCGCAGCAAACGUGAUCAAUGUGGGCAUGAACGCCCUCCUGCUCUAUGCCCUGGACCUCGGAGUGGUAGGAUCUGCCUGGGCAAACACCACUUCCCAGUUCCUCCUGUCUGCUCUCCUUCUCCUGUACAUGUGGUGGAAAAAAAUCCACGUCGAUACCUGGGGAGGGUGGACUUGGGACUGUUUCCAAGAAUGGGGCUCCUACAUCCAGCUGGCUGUCCCCAGUAUGUUCAUGGUGUGCAUUGAGUGGUGGACCUUUGAGAUCGGAACCUUCCUUGCAGGACUGAUUAGCGUGACAGAGCUCGGGGCCCAGGCCAUCAUUUACGAACUGGCCUCUGUAGCCUACAUGGUAAGAACCUUUGAGGUGCCCCUUGGCUUUGGUGUGGCGGCCAGUGUCCGAGUGGGCAAUGCUCUGGGGGCAGGAAAUGCCGAGCAGGCUCGGGACUCCAGCAUCACCGUUCUCCUGUGUGCGGGUGUCUGCGCUCUCGUAGUGGGCAUUGUACUCUCAGCGAUGAAGGAUGUGAUUGCCUAUGUAUUUACCAGUGACAAAGAUAUCAUUUACCUUGUGAGCCAAGUGAUGCCUAUUUUUGCUCCCUUUCAUCUAUUUGAUGCCCUUGCAGGCACCUGUGGUGGAAUCCUGCGAGGUACAGGAAAACAAAAGAUCGGUGCUAUCAUGAACGCCAUCGGUUAUUAUGUGUUUGGUUUUCCCAUUGGAGUAUCUCUGAUGUUUGCCGCAAAACUUGGGAUAAUAGCAGCACAGAAGCUCCACGAGGGCACUGAUCCCGUCAGCCUGUUCGGUUCUGUGUUAGACACAGCACUUCAGGCAGCGCCCGGCACAGACAAAGCCAGUAAAUGUUUGUUAAACGGUCAACGUAUGAAGCGGCGGACAGGCUCGUGCCGUGUUCACUCUUUGUGGGUCCGUUGCUUGCCACCGAUCCACCCACGGUCUCUGGUCUGGAUUGAUAGUCUGUGUCUUCUUUCAAGCCCUUUUCUACCUGGUGCUCGUCUGGAGGACAGACUGGAAGAGAGUUGCAGAGCAGAUCUGCCCGAGUUGGAAAAAGAAGUCACCGAUGAAGUGAUUUUACCUGCUAUCGUCAGAUCCGAGAGCCAGACCCUGCAGCUAAUGGUGAUAGAAGAAAACAAUCAGUACGCGGUGGCCACCGUUGGGGAUGUGUUGACAGUGAAGCAGCUGAUUUUCUAUCGUGGAAUGGCUCUAGCUGUUGCUGUUGUUGCCCUUUUAGCAGGAAUUUUAAUAAGAGUUUUUCAGUGAGCCUGGCUAAAACAGAAGAAUUAGCAGCAGCCCACACACUAGCCACGAUAAUUCUUGUGAUACAUGAAGCCCGGGAGGUGACCUCCCGGUUGUGGAUGGAAAGGAUAUCAGUGAUGUUUUCUUAGUUAUCCCGAGAAUCUGCACUAUCCUGUUGGAGAUCACGAAAGGAGUUCUAAGUUUCUCCUGAACGUUUAACUCUAUCAUGGGUGAUGAGUCUGUGGAUUUGAUAUUCCCUGCCCUAAGUGUUCUGUACUCUUACAUUGAAUAUCUUCUUUCUUUUGGGAAAUUCGUUGCCCUCUAAACUUGAUGGCUGAUCCAGUUUUGUUUGUAUUUCUAGGUUAUCGUAUUUAAUCUUGUUAGUGAGUAUUAAGUGCCUGUUCAAGUGCUGUCUCAGGUAUUGCCGUAUAAGCUUUUAUAAAAUAAACACCUUAAAAUUGAAAA